GUGGUGGGAACGAUUCCUCGACAUAAGUCACUGGCACCAGCAGCAGAGCAUCAGUAGGAUUCAGUACGCCUACUACUGUAUGCUGGAGAUGAUUGAGAUCGGGUACUUAUCAGUGUCACACCCAUGAUGCCUAACUUGCAAUUACCAAGCUAAGAGCUGUACGGACCGACUUUUGUUACGCUUGAAUGGAGGGAGGAGGAGAAAACGACACAGCGCUUUUGUAGCAGAUUCUAUAGAUCAAGAAUCUGGAUGAGUCUAUGGCAUAGAAUCUGUGGGCAUAUCCUCUUCAAUGCAACUUCUUAAUUGCUCAUACAGUUGUACGCGACAUCUUGACUAGUCAAACCGACUCAGAAAGCGUGACCGCCUCUACACAUGCCAAUCUGAUGGAAGGAUGGAUGAGAAGGAUGAAGACUGGACUGCCUCUCUGAUGGCAGAUCUCUCAUUGGCUCAUCCAUCGGUAGGAAACUUUGCCGCGAUAAACUUCAUCAAGGACUGCCGCAUUAUGCCCACUCAGCUAGAAGAUUGGUCACCGGAGCUGGCCAAUGGUGGUGACAACGGUGACUAUGUCCAAGCGAUUUCGACGGCAGUGUCGUCACAUUUGGUGAUGCAGAUGAAGGUCGGUGAGACAAUAGUCACCUGUCUCGCAUGGCAUGGCGAUGAGGAGGGCUCAUCCAGAGUACCCCCAUCUCAGAGCCAUGUGGAUAUGGCAUCUACAAUUUGGAGCUAGCGACGAGUAGGAACUUCUGCCACGAGGAAAGUGAUGAAGUGAGACCAAAUGGUCCAUAAGAAAUCUCCAACUUAUUCCUAACAGGCUGCAACUGACAAGCACUACCUGUACCGACCAGGUUUUGACUGGACUCAACCCUAAAGUCGACGGACGAGAACUGCAGAACUCUGAUUCCACAGAGAAGAUUCUUCAGCAGGAGCAGCUUUGGAAGAUUCAGGGAGGGAAGUUCAUGCAACCUACCAGGGAAACUGGACCAUACUGUAGACAACGCCUGAGCUUUCUCUUCCAGCCGUGCCAUGAAGGCAAUCCAGAG